CAGCAGAGAGGAGAGGGGCACAAUCAAUUUCAUAGAAUAGAAAAGGCACAAGUAGAUAAGGAGAAGGGAGCAAAAAGGGACUCAAGGAGUUGCCAGAGGAAAGGAGCAUCACUGUGAAGAGUGGGGACCAGCAGGAGGGCGUGGACCUGACUUAAAGAAGACAAAAAAAGAGAGAAACAGACAAGAGGGACCAAAGACGUACGAGGCAAAGCCAAGGCCUCCUGCGAGAGAAACAUAGCCUCACACUUGCUCUGCACAAGUGUGUGUGUGUGUGUGUGUGUGUGUGUGUGUGUGAGGUUGCCCUCUGUGCGCAUUUUACUGUACGUGUGUGUGAGCAGGUGGGACUUUGAUGGGACAGUGAGCAAUGCCUCACACGCAGCGACAGCCGGUAGGCAGUAGGGGGCAGUGCUCCUCACGCCUCCUCCCCAUCCUCCUCCUCCUCCUCCCCCUCGCUGCCCGGCCCAGCCAAGCAGCCAUACACAUACCCUCCAACUUCAAGAGGCCUCCAAUGAUCUCCACACAGCCGGAGUCUGUCACCGUCUUUAGUGUUGAAGACCUCGUCAUGAGCUGCGAAGCAUCCGGCAACCCUAUACCCAUUUUCCGAUGGACGAAGGAUGGGAAGGAGUUUGACCCUGGCAGCGACCCAGAGCUGAAGGUAUCAGAGCACGCUGGCUCAACCGCUUUCUACACACUCAGUAACACUAUGGACACCCUGAGGCAGUACCAAGGCAAAUAUGUCUGCUACGCAUCCAACGAGCUGGGGACAGCUGUCUCUAACGAGGCCAUACUCCGCACCGAUGCUCCCCCAUCUCAGCAGAAAGAAAAAAAGGUCAAUGUGAGGUCUGAAGAGGGAAACAGUAUUGUUCUGAAGUGUAACCCCCCGCAGAGCUCUAUGGAGCCUAUCAUUCACUGGAUGGACUGGAGUCUGCACCAUAUCCAGCUGAGCGAGCGGGUGGUGGUGGGGAAGGAUGGCAACCUAUACUUUGCCUAUUUGAAAACUGAAGACAGCAGGGAUGACUACACUUGCAAUGUCCAGUACCUGGCAACACGCACCAUUCUGGCAAAGGAACCCAUCACUCUUACUGUCAACCCCUCCAACUCCGUACUGCGGAACAGGAGGCCCCACAUGAUGAGACCGACUGGAAGCCACAGCACUUACCAUGCGCUCAGGGGCCAGACCAUUGAGCUUGAGUGCAUUGUCCAAGGCCUUCCAACUCCCAAAGUGUCGUGGCUGAGGAAGGACGGCGAGCUGUCUGAAUCUCGAACCACUAAAGACAUGUUCGACCGCCGCCUGCGCUUCAGUAAUAUCUCUGAGAGCGACGGGGGCGAGUACCAGUGUAUAGCCGAGAACUCCCAAGGGAAGGCCACACACACUUACACUGUGACUGUGGAAGCGGCUCCCUACUGGAUCAAUGGGCCAGUAAGUCAGUUAUAUGCCCCAGGUGAGACUGUCAAACUCGACUGCCAGGCGGAUGGCAUCCCCUCUCCUACCAUCAGCUGGACCAUGAACGGGAUCCCCCUCUCAGCUACCGACAGCGACUCAAGACGCAGUCUGACGGCGAGUGGAUCUCUAAUCCUAAAGGAUGUCAACUUUGGAGACACUGCCAUCUACCAGUGCCAGGCCUCCAACAAGCACGGGACCAUCCUCACUAACACCAAUGUCUAUGUCAUUGAGCUGCCUCCCCAGAUCCUCACUGAAGAUGGGAACACAUACACAUUUACAGAGGGCAAGAAGGCUUUACUGGAGUGUGAAACCUUUGGUUCUCCAAAACCUAAAGUCAUAUGGGAGAGCAGCAGAACCUCCUUCCUUCUGGCAGAUCCCAGAGUAAACCUGCUCACCAACGGGGGGCUGGAGAUCUCUAACGUCACACACGACGACGAGGGCUUCUACACCUGCUCUGUGCAGAACAGCAACUUGUCUGUCAGCGCCGAGCUGGAAGUGCUCAACAGGACAGUGAUCCUGACACCUCCACAGGCUCUGAAGGUGCAGCCUGGACACACAGCAAUCUUCACUUGUCUGUUCCUUGUUGAUCCCAAACUCGACUCUCCACUCAUUCAGUGGAGAAAGAAUGAUCAGAAGCUCUUCGAGUCCCACAGUGACGAAAAAUACACAUUUGAUGGACCAGACCUGAUAAUAGCCAAUGUAGAACCAGGUGAUGAGGGCAUGUACACCUGUCAGGUCAUCACUAAGCUGGACAUGGCUGAAGCCAGCAGCACCCUCACUUUAUGUGAUCGUCCAGACCCUCCUGCCCUCCUCCAGAUCAUUGACGCUAAACAUCGUGCAGUCACCCUCAGCUGGACUCCUGGAGAUGACCACAACAGCCCUGUGCUAGAGCACGUGGUUGAGUUUGAGGACCAAGGUUCAAAAGAGAGGGGUUGGGAAGAGCUGAAGAGAGUAGGGGGAAAUGUGAAGCGGGCCAGCCUCCCUCUGUGGCCAUACAUGUCCUACCGUUUCCGGGUCAUUGCCAUCAAUGACGUGGGCAAGAGCGACCCCAGCAAGCCAUCUGAAAUCCACAACACACCUGCUGAAGCUCCAGACAACAACCCUGAAGAUGUUAGGAGUGAGUCCACAGACCCAGACACUCUGCUCAUCGCCUGGGAGGAAAUGGAUAAACGUGACUUCAAUGGACCUGACUUCAAGUACCGGGUGAUGUGGAGGCAAGUGGUGGGCAGUGGGCCCAACUGGCACACCAACUACACAACUGCACCCCCAUUCAGGGUCAAUGACAUUGGCAACUUUUCUGCCUUUGACAUCAAAGUGCAGGCUGUCAAUGAUAAAGGCGAGGGACCCGAGCCAGACCCCGUCAUUGGCUACUCAGGAGAAGAUGUUCCAUUAGAGGCUCCUAUGGAUGUGGGUGUUGUACUAAUGAACAGCACUACCAUCAGAGUGACCUGGGCAGCAGUAGAGAAAGAGACGGUCAGAGGACACCUGCUGGGAUACAAGAUCUACUUGACCAGAAUCGGCUCCAGGGGCCACCACCGAGGCCGGAGGGCCAGGGAACCAGAGAGCAUUGUGGUGGUGGAGACUGGGGCCAAUGAGGAGAAGAAGGUGAUCAGCGACCUCAGACCAUACUCCCACUAUACCCUGGCUGUCACUGUAUUCAACAGCAAGGGAGAGGGGCCCCCCUCUGAGACACUGUCCUUCAAGACUCACGAGGGAGUUCCUGGUCCUCCCAUGUCCCUGGUGCUGGACAGCCCAUCAGAGACAGAGAUGACCCUCCACUGGAUGCCUCCUGGCCAGCCCAAUGGAAUCCUCAUCGGAUAUCUCCUGCAGUACCAGCAAAUUGUGGAGGGCGAUGACAGCCCCAUGCAGGUAGAGACAAUAGACGACCCCACGGUCUCCCACCUCACCCUUAAGAACCUGGACCGCCACAGCCACUACCGCUUCUACCUUAGGGGGCGCACUGCGGCCGGGGACGGCGAGCCCAUCAUGAAGAAGGGUGCCACCACGCUGGAUGGAGUGCCUCCUGCCAACAUCAGCCUGUCUGUGGGGGAAACUUCAGUUAACUUCAGCUGGGUGGCCAAGAAGAGACACAGAAAUGUUAGCUUCCAGAUCCACUACCUCAAAAAAAAUGAUGGCAGCAAAUGGAAGACGACGGAGAAGGUGAACUCCUCUCAGUGUUUCUACCAGCUCCAGGGCCUGACUCCAGGCUCUCAUUAUCGCCUGCGCUUCACCUACAGAAAUAUCACCUUCUGGGAAACUGACAUCGAGACAGACGGAACAGUCACGGAGGUGCAGCAAAGCUUUGCAACGCAGGGCUGGUUCAUUGGUGUUGUGAGCGCCAUUGUGCUGCUGCUGCUGAUACUGCUCAUCCUCUGCUUCAUCAAGAGGAGCAAAGGGGGGAAAUAUUCAGUGAAAGAUAAAGAAGAGGGUCCGAUGGACUCAGAGGCACGGCCGAUGAAGGAUGAGACUUUUGGAGAGUACAGUGACCUUGAGGAGAAGCGCACGGCCAGCCAGCCCUCCCUGGGCGAGGAGAGCAAGCUGUGCAGCGAGGACAACCUGGACUUCAACGGCAGCAGUGCCAUAACCACGGAGCUCAACCUGGAUGAGUCGCUGGCCAGCCAGUUCAGUCGGCGCACCGAAGGGCCAGAGGCGCUGCACGGCCUGCCGGACAACUCCCCGCUCAACCCCAACACCGCCACCCCAGCCACCAAUGGCAUGCCCAACUCAGUCACCAUCCUCGAUUAACCCCCACACAUCCACUGGGGACCAUCAGACCAAAACAUGUUAACACAUACGUGCCCGUACGCUCCUGUUCCCUUCUGACUUUCCGAUCUGUAGUUUAACGACUAAUACACAAUCAAUAUAUUGACUAUUCAGGUGCACCUUGCAGUCAUCUGAUCGACUGGACUAUUUUGACCAAAGGAGUGUCCAAAGUAGUGGACAGUGUGAUACAAGUCUGACUGACCUGAUGAUGUCCUUUGACUCCCCCCCUCCCUCCUUUAUCUGUGUGGUUUACAACACAUAUUAGUGACUAACAUUCAAUUCUCUCCCUUUCCUCUCUUUUGUUUCUCUCCGCAGACAACUUUAUAGAAAGAUAAAGACAGAAUGUUGUACAGGUAGACAUAUCAGAGGGAUUGGAGGUAUGGUCCUAUAGAGAUGCAGAGUGGUGCAUUGAAAGAGGAGGAUGAUGGUAGAGCCUAGUGUGGGGAAACAGGCAGCACAUGCUGCUGUAAAAAGUCUGGAAUCUUACAUGUUUCUCAUGCCUUAUAUUGUUUCGCUAAUGAUUUUGUACGCCAUUUGAUGUCUCAGAUUGUACUACUUGCCAGUGACAUUUUUUUAAUUUAUUUUUACAAAUGUGUUUGAAUACAAAACAUCAUUUUGUUAUUUUUUUUAAUAUCAUCACUUUUUCAUACUUCUAGACUAUUUGUUAAAAAACUCAUGACUUCUCUUUGACACCUUUCAUAGAUCAAGCUGUUUUAACUGAAACUACGUGAAGCCAAGUUUCUUACUAUAAAUAACAUUGGAUGCAUAAGGGGAACUUGCUGUGAAAAUGCUGAGUAGCAUCUGGUGUAUAUAGCUGCAUCUACAUCUAUCUAUUUAGCCAUAAUACAGUAUUAUAGAUAUGUACAUGCUCCUUCUAAGUUCCUGUGCCUGCUGGGUCUGCAUAGAGCACCAGAUUGAUGUCAUUACUCUCUCGCCUUCCCACCAGAAGUGUAAUGUCAUUAUUGGAAAUGAUAGUGUAAUUUUUUGUGUCGAGACCUACGUGUAGCUUUCUGUAUCUGUCUUUGUCUCUUUCUACACUGUAUUAAAAACAUUGUUGUCUCUAAUUAACAAUCUUUUCAUACCUGUCCAUCUCAUACCAUGCAAACUGUUUGAGGAGCAGUAUUUAUGUAUAUUUACAGAUCAGAGAGUGGAGUCUCGUGAGGCCAACACUCCCAAGUUUUAUUUUCAGACCCUCAUCAAUGCAAGUUGAUACUGCAGACAGGAUGAUUGCCAGCUGAUGUAUAAUAAAGGCAAGCAGUUGGUAUAUACAUCAAACACAGAGAAUGUAUUCUUUUUAGAGCUGGGCAGACAUUGUAUUUACAUGCUACUGAUUAAAACAAAUCUGAGCUAGAAGAUACUGGAGAGAUAAGAGUGGUUAAGAGAAGACCUGGAAGGACAGUUUUUUUUUCCCCCCACAGAAUGUAAAUACAACCCUUAUAGAUCGUUUUGAUGAACCCAACCAUGUUUGAUAAAAAAUGUGAAAAAUGUGCAGGUUUGAAGCCACUUAAAUUAAUUUUAAAAUGUUGCAAGUUGUCAUUUUUCUUCUUUGUGCUAUUGCUAUGAAUUCAAACUUUCCGUUUUUUGACUAAUGAUUGCAGUGAGAUUUGGCUGUUUUAGCGAAGAAAUAGUUCAUAGUCGAGGAAAAAAGACAAAAAAAAGGGGAAAAAAAUCCACAUUGUUCUGUAGGUGUUUGCAAACAUUUCAAAUUUCGAAAAUCAAAAAAUUGUACAUUAGUGUCAUUUUAGUGAUAGUAGUAGUUACAUUACAAUGAAAGCUAAAGAUUGCAUUCAUGCCCAUAACCAUCCAGCAAUGCAUUGCAGCACAGUGAAUAUCUGUGGAGUUUUUGUCUGAUGCAGUUGUGAGAGGCAGGGAUGCACCGAGCCAGUUUGUGCUUACCACAGGGAGUAGCUAUAUGCAACAUUGCUGCCUCAGUUGUCUCUUUUCAAAUAAAAGCUUGACACUGGCCAAACAUCACCUGACACUCCCUGAGGUAAAAGUACACGGGAUGUCGAAAAAGGCCAGCGGCACUGAAGAUGGCGUGUGAACGCUCCCUGUUGUUGGUUCUUCAGACACACUCAGGACAAAUAAAGCUUUUAAAAAAAUCUAUUUUCAUACAGGAGUGGUGAAUGACACAAAAUAUGCCAAUAUUCUAACUUGACUAUCUGCUGCUAAACAUCUGUGUUUGUCAGUGUUCGGGGGCAAAUGUUAGCUUUGAAUGAGGAAUGAGUGUACACACACAGAUACUCACUCGGCUGCCACUCACUCUUUGCUUUUCAUGUGUCGGGGGGAAAGCUGAGGACGCUGGCCUUGGCUUUUCCGCUGUUGUUUCCCCCCCCUUUUUUUUAUAGUUAAAAGAUAAAAACCUAUUAAAAAAAGUGAAUUGGUUCAUUUAGAGAAGCUUCUUCAGAACUCAGACUAGCAGAUUUUAAACAAC